AUGAGUACUGCUACUACCACUACUAGUGCCACUACUACUACUACUACUACUACUACUACUACUACUACUACUACUACUACUACUACUACUACUACUACUACUACUACUACUACUACUACUACUACUACUACUACUACUACCACUACUACUACGACUACUACUACUACUACUACUACUACUACUACUACUACUACUACUACUACUACUACUACUACCACUACUACUACUACUACUACUACUACUACUACUACUACUACUACUACUACUACUACUACUACUACUACUACCACUACUACUACUACUACUACUACUACUACUACUACUACCACUACUACUACUACUACUACUACUACUACUACUACUACUACUACUACUACCACUACUACUACUACUACUACCACUACUACUACUACUACUACUACUACUACUACUACUACUACUACUACUACUACCACUACUACUACUACUACUACUACUACUACUACUACUACUACUACUACUACUACUACUACUACUACUACUACUACUACUACUACUACUAUAAUUAUUCUGUAUUGA